UCUUCCAUGUUGCCACACCCCACAAACGAGUCUGGAGCCUCUUGCACUCACCUAGAUAAAUGAUACAGGCUCCGUCAAAGCUCAUCACGGCACCUGGGAGCUGUACCAGCUGUGACUUGGUCUCCUGGACUUUCCACAAAGCAUCUUCUUGGCAGGUACCAGGACAAGCUUACUAUGGCAAACAAUCAAGGAAUUGACAUAUUUGGAGCCAGAAGCACUCCUCAGUCUGGGAGGGUUUCUGACUUGGAGCAGCAGGUGUGGAUCUUUCGUGGUCAGGGCCUUGUGGUGGUUCCAUGGAGUAGCAACAUAGCCCCAGUCACCAUCACGGUCCUCCCAUGCAAGUAUCCAGAGACUCUGGAGCAAGGCAAAGGGAUUCCCAUUUAUAUGGGAAUCCAGAAUCCAGACAAAUGCCUAUUUUGUGAGGAAGCUGAUGGACAGCCCACUUUGCAGCUCAAGGAGGAGGAGAUUUUGGAUUUGUACAACCAUCCUGAGCCCAAGAAGCCCUUCCUAUUUUACCAUACCCAGACGGGCAGAACAUCCACCUUUGAGUCAGUGGCUUUCCCUGGCAGCUUCAUUGCAUCCUCCAAGAAUGGCGAGCCCAUCUUCCUCACGUCAGAACAGGGGAAAUACUACAACAUUAACUUCAAUUUAAAUAUAGGGCCUUGAACUCAGCAUAGAGGUAGGGGAUUGGCUGGAAGUCUUUGUCUUAAAACUUUUAUUUGAUCUGUGGUAUUUUCAUACUGAGAGGUGAGCAGGACCAGCAUUAUCUCACUUCAUAGACAAAGGAGCAAUAAAGCAAGAUGUGUACUCCAAAAUAGGUGGGAUGGGAGCUGUAUAAGGCUGUUCUCUAAGGCUGCAGUGGUCCAAGCCCCCAAGGCAUCUUGCCUGAGAGAGAGGGUGUUGAGCCUAAAGCACAGUGUAUAAAACCUGGAAUGGCCUGUGAGUGGUGACAUCCUUGUGUCCAAGUCAUUGACCAAUUCAUACCAGGUUUUACACACUUGGAAUAUCAAAUCCUCGUAUUUGAGUAGCAGAGGCUUCACAGUAACGUUCACUGUGGCAGCCAAUUACUUUGAUCCUUUAGCGGAGCUGGACACACUGUCAAAGGGAUUAGAUUCCUGGGUGAAUGAGUAGCCUUAAAAACAUGUUUAGGGCUAUGACAACUAUGUUGGGGUACAGUGGUUGCUCCAUGAAGAGCAAGGAUGCAGCCUGGUGACUCAUAAACAGUUAAAUCAAGUAACUCGGCUUGGGCAACCCUUUCCUGAAUCAUCCCAGUAGAGAUGAGCACCGAGAACAAUGUGUAUGAGUAAUAGUUCAUGUCAAUAAAACAUUAACUCUUAUUACUUUA